CUCAUUUCAUUCUUGAUCAUAAAUAAUUAAAAAAAAGAGAUGCCCAGCCCAACUUCAUCUAAAGAAUGUAAUAUAGCUCGUAGUGACAGAAAGGAAAGAAAAGAUAAGAAAGAAAAAUCUUCUCGUAAGCGUGAGAGAGACGAUCGUAAAGCCAAGGAGAUCAUUGAUGAUGUUGAUGUUACCUCUAAUCUCAAUUCUGCUGCAACCUCUACUGUAUCUUCUGUAACUGGUACUCCCGAACCUGAAACUAAAAAACGUAAGGUCGUAGAAGAGACAGAAAAGAAUAACGAUGAAAUUCCUGAAAAGCUUCGUCUUAGCAAUUUCCGUAUUUCUCAAAAUACAAUUGAUAAUCUUGCUUUAAAGGGCAUUAAAUCUCUUUUCGAAAUUCAGGCUGCUACUUUUGAUACUAUUUAUGAUGGAAAAGAUGUGCUUGCUCGUGCUCGUACAGGUACUGGUAAAACAUUAGCUUUUGCUUUACCUGUUAUUGAGAGAUUGGCUCUUGAUAAGGAAUAUAAAGAACGUCGUGGUCGUUCUCCUCGUGUACUUGUGCUUUGUCCUACUCGUGAUCUUGCCAAGCAAGUUUGUGGUGAUUUUGAGCAAAUUUCAGGUAACCGUCUCAAGUCAUUGCCUGUUUAUGGUGGUGUUCCCUACAGUGAGCAAACCUCUGUUUUUAGAGAAGGUGUUGAUGUUGUUGUUGGUACUCCUGGUCGUAUUCUUGAUCACAUCAAAUUUGGCAACAUGAAGUUAAAGGAUCUUAAAUUUAUUGUUCUUGAUGAAGCUGAUGAAAUGUUAGAUGCUCGUGGUUUUGAGGAAGACAUGUUUAAUUUAUUAUCUCAUAUUCAAGAACAAAAAACUUCCCGUGACUAUCAAACUUUAUUAUUUUCAGCCACCGUUCCUGAAUCUGUAAUGGAAACUAUCAAGCGUUUCUUAAAAGAAGACUAUGAGCGUAUUGAUUUGAUCGGAAAUGCAAAAAAUAGAACAAAUACUAACAUUCGCCAUAUUGCUAUGCCAUCAUCUUACAACACUCGUGCUGAUAUUAUUGGUGAUGUUGUUAAUGUCUAUGGCCGAAGUGGUUUAACUGUUAUUUUCUGUGCUACAAAGGCGGACGCUAAUGAAUUAGGUGCUCAUGAUAAGAUUAAGCAAGAUGCAGCUGUUUUACAUGGUGAUAUUGCUCAAGCUUCUCGUGAAGCUACUAUGAAAGCUUUCCGUGAAGGUAAAUACAAAUGUAUUGUAUGCACAGAUGUUCUUGCCCGUGGUUUGGAUAUUCCCCAAGUUGAUUUAGUUAUUAAUUGUCAACCACCAAAGGAUACAGAAUCUUAUGUUCAUCGUUCUGGUCGUACUGGUCGUGCUGGUCGUUCUGGUGUUUGUGUUACUUUCUUCAAGCCUAUGGAAGAAGGACUUCUAUCUUAUAUCUCUAAGCGUACUGGUGUUCAAUUUGAACAUUUGUCCGCUCCUCGUCCUGAAGAUAUUAUUGAGGCCACAACAGAUGAUGCCUUUAAAUCGAUUGAUCUGGUUAAGCCAGACGUUUUACCCUAUUUUGCUCAAUCUGCAAAGAAAUUAAUCGAAAAACAUGGUGCAGAAAAUGCUGUUGCUGCUGCACUUGCUUUUAUGACAGGUUAUCAUCAAGGUGUCCCUAGCCGUUCUCUUUUAACUUCUCAAGAAGGUCAAACUACUUUGUUCAUGCAAAUGCAAUAUACAAUCCAACAUCCUGGUUAUGUACGUAAUAUUCUUAAUCGCGAAUACCCCGAACUCGGUUAUGAUGACUUUAGAGGAUGGCGUAUGACACAAGAUAUGAAAGGUGUCGUAUUUGAUAUUAAGUCUGACAAAUGUGAAGUUCAAGAAGAUGGCUCUGUACUUUUAGCUGGUAGACCUUGGAAUAACCGUAAUAUAACUUUGUCUGCUCCAUCUAGUUUACCUCCUCUUCAAGAACGUGAUACCAGAGGUGGUCGUGGUGGCAACAGUUACAAUAAUAACGGACGAGGCAAUAGUUAUGGCAACAAUAGAAAUCGUGGUGGCAAUAGUAGCUAUGGUUAUGGUGGUGGACGUAACAAUAAUAAUAGCUAUGGUAAUGGUGGACGUAACAAUAAUAGUUACGGAAAUAGAAAGACUUGGAAUAAUUAAAAUAAUAUUAUAUUACAUAUACAUUUAUAUAUUUUUUAUUUGAGAUUAGACUUUGUAUCAUGGCAUUGUAUAAUAAAUUUCAUCAUUGUUAUUUAUCCCCCUUUUUUUUUUAUACAAAUAUAUAAACUUAUUUCAUUAAUUGGGCUUUUCCAUAAUUUUGUAGUCUGGCUUUUUCCAA